ACUCGAGUCGUGAACAAGCUGACUUCCGCCAUAUGGAAAGCGAUCAAUAAUAUUUGACUGUAGUCUAUUGAAAAGCGGAUGAAAUGUUCAGAAUAUGAUUCACUCAUAGUGCUACAGUACUUAUUCCAUUUUUUCUUGAUUGAUAUUUUGUUUAAGUUUCUUUUGUCAGUGUAAGUUUUGUACAAUGGUGAUCGCGGCGGAUACCCCUAUUCCUCCUGUGUACGAUGUGGUGUUUGUGGUGGAAAAGACAGCAAAUUUAGCUGCAUAUCUGGAAACCCUAAAAUCAUCGUAUAUUGUGCCUACUUUGGAAUACUUCAAUGGAGGUCCACCUGAUCCAACUGACUACGGCAAUGAUUUUAGUUGCACAUUGUUCGAUCUGGUCACCUUCCAUUCCGGGGACAUCUCACCAAGCCCUGCAGCGUCCUGUGAAUACCCUACGACAAGCACACACAAGUUCCUCUCCUGCCUUGACGAAACUGAGUUUAUUGGAGGUGAGGCCCAGUCGUACAGUCACAUUGCAGAGGGCCUGAGCACAGCAUUACAAGUAUUUGAUGAAAUCAAGGCAACCAGAAACCACAGCAUCCCGUCGGAGCGGCACUGUGUGCUGGUGUGCAACUCGCCUCCGUACCACCUGCAGAGCCAGGAGAGUCAGGACUACUCUGGAUACUACAGUGAACAGCUGGCCAGCAUGCUUGGCAAGAGAGGAAUAUAUCUCUCCAUCAUCUCACCAAGAAAAAUUCCAGCAUUACAGAGACUGUAUGAAGAGUCGUGCACCACCGAAAGCCCAUACAACCCAACUAAAGACUUCACAGUGGACCCACGUCACAUGGUGCUGCUGCACGGCUUCCAGCUUCAGGAGAGGUCCCACAGUCCAAGCCUUGAAGAGGAGAAACAGACCAGUGAGCUUAUAAAAUCGUCCCUAGGUUCUACAGGAACAAGUGGUGGCAGAGUUAACUCCCCUGCACCUGCCACCACCACUGAUGGUCAGUUCAAGGUUCCACAAGCUACUACAGGCUUGCAGAAUAUAACACAACAGCCCUCACCACAACAGCCAGCAUUGUCUCCUUUGAAUCCCCAGAACUUAAACCAAGCUGUCACAUCUCAGCCAUCUCCUCAGCAACAGCAACAACAACAACAACAACAGCAGCAACAACAACAACAACAGCAACAACAACAACAGCAGCAGCAACAACAACAGCAGCAGCAACAACAGCAGCAGCAACAGCAACAACAGUCCAUACAGACCCCAGGGUCGGGCGGGCUCAACAAUCCCCAGGUUCAGCAGGCCAAUCAGAUGGGCAUGGGACCCCCCAUGGGUCAGAUCCGACAGGUCAACCAGCCCAACCAGCAGCCCAAGAUGGCCAUGUCGCCUGCAGGGCAGCAACCUCAGAACACCAUGGUUACCAUGGCAAACACUAUGAUCAUGAACCAGCAGUCCAGUCAGCAGGUGCGCCCUGUGUUCCUCUCACAGCAGGGGCAGAUAAUCAAUGUGCCCGGUACCCAGGCAAUACAGACUGUGAAGCAAGAGACAAACCCCAUGUUCAUCAACCGACAGAGUCAAGCUCAGCAGCAGCAACAACAACAGCAACCACAACAGCAGCAGCAGCAGCAGCAACAACAACAGACAACAGACAGAAUGAUGCCUACUCAGAGAUCUGGUGUUACCAUGGUGAGUACCCAGAAUCCAAUGACAGCACAAGGACUGAUGACAUCACAGCCCCAGGUCAUGAUGACCCAGUCAGGCAUGGCGACCUCACAGCCAGGGAUGAUCUCCUCUCAGCAGAACAUCAUGACCUCACAACAGAACAUGCAACAGAACCAGCAGCCCAUCAAGAUCCGGGUCAAUCUGCCCAACCAGACCACCAUGACGACCAUGUCCAACCAACCAGUGUCCAUGCAGACCGACGUCUCCCAGGGUCUCGUGUCACAGCCAGCGAUGUCCAUGCCGGCGCAGCAGGGGAUGAGCCAGUCCUUCAUGCAGGCCGGGGGUCAGCAGGGGGGUCAGCAGAUCGUCAUGCAGGGGGCGGGGUCAGCUCCAGCCAUGGGGGGUCAGGUGUUCCCAGGGGCUGCCGAUGGUGGGGUGGCUGAUCCGACAAAGGCUGCAGUUCAGAACAACAAGAAGAUCAUCUGGAAAGGUUCCUUGGAGUACCAGGAGAAGCCCAAACCACAGGGUCCCCCCAACGCUGUGCAGCAGAAGAACACGAAGACACUCAACUGUUGUGUCUCCAUCCUCAACACGGAGCCUGACCUCAAUGCGAGGAACUGGCCUGAGAAGCUGGUGAUGCAGCUCCUGCCCCAGCCCAUGCUCCAUGAGCUGCAGAGUCUGUUCCGCAACUCCAGACAAGUGUCCUUCCACUUCUCCCCCAACGACCUGGACGCCCUUCGCAACCUCUACCGCAUCAUGGGAACAGGAUUUGCUGGCUGUGUCCACUUCUCCCAGACCGCCCAGUGUGAUAUCCGAGUGCUGCUCCUGCUCUACAGCAGCAAGAAGAAGGCCUUCGUCGGACUCAUCCCCAACGACCAAGUCGCCUUUGUCCAGGGCAUCAGGAACGUGCUUAAUAAAGUCCGAAACAAGCAGCAGACACAGCAGGUGAAUCCACCGAUGACAACAAACCUACCACUGCAGACUCCCCCGCAGAUGCAGGUAACGCAGGGACUUCCAAACAACCAACAGCAGAUGAGGAUGGGGAUGCAGACGGUGGCAGGCAACAUGCCCAUCACAUCGGCCUCCACCCAGGUGGCCCCGGCAUUGCCUCUCCAACAGGACAUGGGGAACAACUGUAUCAUGAUGCCGCCGAACCAGGAUGCUGGUGCCGGUGAUGCCAUGAUGAACCGAGCCAUGCCAAACCAGAUUUCCAUAUCAGAGAUGAUGUCAGGCCAGCAGGACCGAGCCAGUCUACAGCGUAAGAUCCAGCUGCUCCAGAGUGACCUCCAGGCGGCCAAGGAGAAGGAACUCCAGUACCAGCAGGUGGAGCAGGCCAAGAAAGCCAUUGCGGCCCAGCAGCAACUUCAGCAGAGGAUGGAGGAGGUAUAUUACCCAGGACCCCCACCGCCACAUAUGUACUCGGCUCGUCAGCAGUUGCAGCUUCAGCAGCAACAACAGCAACAACAGCAACAGAGACUGCAGAUGCAGCAACAAGCAGCAUCACAGCAGCAGCAGCAACAGCAACAGCAACAGCAGCAGCUUCAUCACCUGCUGCUUAACCAACAGAAUCCACAAGGCCAGCAGCCUCAACAGCAGCAGCAACAACAGCAACAGCAACAGCAGAUGCGGCAACAGCUCCUGCUUCAGCAGCAGCAGCAGCAGCAGCAGAACAUGAGGGGCGCCACACCCCAGACACAGCAAGGGGUGAUGGGGGCUCAGCAACCAAUGCAGUCACAGCUUGCCAUGCCACAACCAGGACAAAACUAUCUCGAUGAAUUCAAUCUGCCGGAUAUCCUCUAAACAAGUCAAGGACAAGAUGGACUAUCAAGAUGAAUUCAAUCUGCCGGAUAUCCUCUAAACAAGUCAAUGGGCAAGAUGGAAAGGGCACGAUGGAACUAUCUCGAUGAGUUCAAUCUGCCCGAUUUCCUGUAAAGAAGUUACUGUAAAUCUGGGAAGCUUUGCAAGUAGCAAAGUACGGCGAAAACUGUGAGUGACACACACAUGCAAUAUAUUCAAGAUGCAGUUAUUUUUGCAGACUAACAAGAAUUCAAAAGUAAGGAGGCAUAUUUCUAUUAUUCACUUCCACACAUUGUGAAACUAUCCCGUUCAUAAUUAAAUAGGGCGGUCGGGUAGCCUGGUGGUUUAAGCGUUCGCUCGUCACGCCGAAGACCCGGGUUCGAUUCUCGACAUGGGUACAAUGUGUGAAGCCCAUUUCUGGUGUCCCCCGCCGUGAUAUUGCUGGAAUAUUGCUAAAAGCGGCGUAAAACCAUACUCACUCACUCACAUAAUUAAAUAUUUAUUCCUCACAUUCUGUUUCUUAAAUUACACAUUGUCACUGAGUGUCAAUUGUCUCAUCAGGAAAGUUUACAAACAAGCAUCUCAGAUCUCGUCGAGUUGCUUACGUAACACUGAGUAGUCUUUACAUCGCCAAACUUCCAAGACACAGUUUUAGGCUUUUGUUAGCCACUCAUGGCGCAAAACUUUCCAGAUUGACAUUAUGCAAAGUAAGGACAGGACUAUCUCGGUGAGUUCGGUCUGCUGAUAUCACCACGGAAACUUGCCAUUGUUUUGUUUGAGUUAUGGGCAGGGUGAAUUCAGUCUGAUAUUCGGAGUGAGAUUAUUGACAGCCUAGUUGAUACUUAAUAUGUCUCUGUUCCUCACUUGUGUUAACUUGCUGUUGUUUGUGGGUCCAAAAAGAAGGAAUUAUAUGUGGCCUUAUCAUUCACCAAGACUCUUCAUCCUAAGAAGUCAUACCUCAUUUUAACGUCGAGGCUUUUAUUUCAUGAGAAUUGCAUGCCAAACGACUUUGUCAGUAAUUAUUUUCAAACUUUCAUCUGCAUGAAGAAAGACUUAGCGACUCAGGGAGUGGAAGGAUUAUCUUGCCAUAGUGACGCACAGAAAAUGUUUCAUCACAGACAUGUUUGCCUGGUAAUCUUGUGGGAAAAUUUCUGUUGGGAAUGUCUAUAUUUUUACUACUAAAGAUAAGUCGAGGACCUCCUGAUUCUUUCGUUUCACAAUAGUUAUUCUUUCAUGGCAUGACAGAUUAACUGUAGUUAUAUGAAAGAACCAGAGCAGCACUGUGACGAUUCAUAGGAUUUCAUGCUGCAUGUCUUUUUGAUUGAAUACUAUGUAGAUUUGAUGACUUGAGUGUCUUGGCAUAGCUGUCAACUGUCCUGAAUUUUUUCGUAUUUGUUAUGAAUUUGCAACAUGAAUUUCUAACAUAAUUCUUAAGAAUAAUAAUUUAUUGAUUGGUAUGAAAUCUAUUUAUUGUGUUGCAUCUGUCCAAUCGAGACACUCCUAUCAUAUUUUCAGAAGUUGCUGCAGUCAAAAUAGAAACUAAGUGAUAAAAUUUUCAGCUAAGUUACGGAAUCACAUGCCUGUAUUGUACUGUGUCCCAUUUCCCAAAGCGAUCUUAGUGCUACAAUGGUAGCCUAUGUUAAAGUGUUAGACUUACAAUCACCUUAGCGCUAAGAUCACUUUGAGGAACGAGGCCCUGAAAACAAUUCAUAUCAUCUGGCACUGGUGUACCGACCAGAAGAUCGUAACAAAAUGUUUGUUGUAAUUCUGAAAAGUUGGCAGAUAUUUCUUUGUGAAUACAUGUGUUGUUGUAUGAAGAAAGGUAGAAAUGCCCUAUAAAAUGAAGCUGGGAUUAGCUUCAAUCUACACAGUUUUCUUGAAGUCAAUAUGAAGAAACAUAGACCUGUGAGAUAUCUUCAUGUUUGGAAUUUCUUCUCACUUUAGUGGAGGGGCAUUGGUAUCUCUGAUUUAAAGAGCAACAUGUCACUUAGUGAGUUGUCCCCCUUUGUUAUAUCUGGAACUGCAGAAAGGGUUCAAUUCCUGGGUUACCUUUAUUAUCCUUGGUUGGUCAGUAUCAUACCUGUGCUUGUUGGUUUCACCAAAGUGGUAAACAUCUAAGACCAGCAUCACUUGUGUCUUUUCUUCCCCAUUGGGGGGCACGGGUGGUCCAGUCGUCUAAGGCGCCGCGAUUCGCUGUGCAGAGUUGCGUCCCUUGGGCACGCCAGAAACCUAUGAUUGUGGGUUGGAAUCCUGGUUCACUCUGGUAAUGUUUCUAGGUUUGUCAGCACCAUACCCAUCCUUCUGGGUUUCACCAAAGUGGUAAACGUCUGUGACCUGCAUCACUUCGGGCUUUCCUCCCACAUUAAGCUGACAUGCCGCAAUAUAACUGGAAUACUGUUACAAGCGGCGUUAAAUCCAACUCACUCACUCACUCUUCCACAUUGUGCUGACUUACCAUGUUAGCUAAAAAGAAUAAUAGUCUUGGUUCUUGGGCACUGCCAGCAUCAUUAUCACAAAGUCCAUCACAUGUUUUGGUUUUAUGUCCAUUUUCCACACAAAAAAUAAUACUAAUACUUGAAAACAAUGCGAUCCAAUAUAGCACACGGGUACUUCCCUUUACAUGCCCACUGCUUUACUGCGCAUCUCGUGUUGUGGUCAUGGCCGCAAAAAGAGUUUGUAUCCUUGUUUAUGUAGGGAGGCCCUUUCCCAGGUUGAUGGUAAAAAACAGAUAAAAAACAAAAAAAACAAAAAAAACACCACCACCCGCCCGCACUAUAUUUUCAAAAGUCAUUGCCUGAGAACCAGUUCUUUUAUUUUUUUAAGCCUUCUAAGCCUCUUAAGACACUUCCUUGUACUGAUCAGUUGACCUCACUCACUUCAUGUAAAGAUGUUUAUAUUAUUUCAGGGGCGGUGGGGUAGCCUAGUGGUUUAAGCAUACGCUCGUCACGCCAAAGACCCGGGUUCGAUUCCCGAUAUGGGUACAAUGGUCUGGUGAAUCUGGAGACCCCGCUGUGAUUUUACUGGAAUAUUGCUAAAAGCGGCGUAAAAUCAAACUCACUCACUCACUCAUCAUAUUAUUUCAUGUAGAAUGAAUCUCACCACAUAUAUGAUGCAGGUGUACAAAUUUCACUUGUCAAAUUAACAUAUAGUUUGUGCUACUGAUGAAUUACAUGUGCAUGGACUUCACAAUUCUGAGGAAAUAGAUUUUCGACCAAAGACUGCAAAACGUUGAUUUUGUGGGAUUGUAAAUAAUUGUACAUAUGUAAUAUACAUCUAUGGAUUGUGUACAUGCUGUUUUUGUAUUGUUUCUCCUCUACACGUUUUCCUACAUGAACUGUACAUUUGUAUAUGGUGAUUGGAGUUGUCUCAUCAUUGAACGCUAGUAUUCAAUAGUUGUUGCUACUUAUCAAUAUUGUAUUUCAAAGGGAUUUUUGUUCUGAAAACAUUGUUCAAGUAUGUUUUGUCACGUUUUGAUGUGAUGAAUGACUUUGCUUUCUAGUCAGUCAUGUUCAUUUCCUACAUUAUUUAUGUUGAUGACAUGGACACAUAAUGUCAUAUUGUUCAAGAGCUUUUAAUUAUUUUUUUAAAUCAUGGUUUAAAACUUGGAACAUGCACUGAAGCUUACAUCUUCUGGCAAGGAUAUUUGAUAUUGGUCUGGAAAAAAAAACUUGUUGAGUUUGAACAGCGUUGGUUUUUUUUAUACAAUGAAUUCCAUUAUUUGAUUAUUGUUUAUAAGAAUAGUGACAUGAAGGAAAACAUAAUUUGCUUGUUUGUGAAGAGACUUGAAAUCAAUUGCAUGACAUUAGAAAAUCUUGCUUGUUCCCUGACUGAUCAACUACCCCAUUUCAUUUUGCAGUUUCAGUGCUCAAUGUCACACAAUGACACUCACACUUGUGUCUGGGUGCAAGCAUGUUGUCCAUUGUUAUGUUAUCACUGCUUGUAACAUAUUGUACAGCUACGGAAAAAUAAAUUCUAAAACAAUUGCA